CAGCCAAUCAAGGUUGAGGUGGAACAAAAUAUUUGGAAGAAAUUUUCUCAAGCACGUGAAAUUUAAUUUAAUCAAGUUUUCAUCAAAGUUAACCACUGCAGAUACCGAAAAUUGCAAAAAUGAAUUGCCUGACAAAACUCUGUUCCAAUUCCCUUUCCUUAGUAAGUGCGUUCCACAGAGUUUGUGUUCAAGCCGUUCGAAACAAGUCGAUGACAAAGUUGGUCCCACCACCUCGACCAAGACACGGAUAUUGCAUCAGGCUCCACAAGGGACUUCUCCCAAGACUUCCUGAUGAAAAGAGGAGACUUCCAAUGCCAGAGUACAGGCCAUCUGAUGCAUGGGCCCCAAAACGAGCCCUUUUUGGACAGAAUGAUUACAUCGACAUCCUUGGCAAUGAAAACAUCCACCCCGUGUCUCUUCAGUACCACAUUCCUUUCUACGCCAGAGGAAUGAGAGGCAAUGAAUUCAGGAUGCUUCUGCACAAAAGGAAAAUGCUCCAAAGUACAGACUUUGCUCUGAGGCGACCAAAGAAGUGGCAGGAUUUGAACAAACGAAUUAGGUACAUUCGCAGGUGGAUGAAUCAGAAAACGCAAACCGGAAUGACCAGUCAAUAUUAGGACUGUUGUUCCCGAAUACUUUUCCGUUGUAGUGAUAAUAAAUUUAAAGGUAAAUAUGCACAUAA